UUCUAUAUAGAGGAAGCGCGAGGCUGUCAGUGACUGAGGAGAACAGACAACAGGACAAACACAAUCAGAAGGUGAUCUUCAUUGGCAUAAUAACAAUGGCAAAAGGCGAUCCAGGGAAGCCCAAAGGCAAGAUGUCUGCCUAUGCUUAUUUUGUGAAGACGUGCCGGGAAGAACACCACAAGAAGGACCCUGGAGUCACUGUUAACUUCUCAGAAUUUUCCAAGAAGUGCUCUGAGAGAUGGAAAACUAUGUCACCAAAAGAGAAGACUAAAUUUGAUGACCUGGCCAAAAAAGACAAGGCCCGGUAUGACCAGGAAAUGAUGCAUUACAAUCCAGGACAGAAGGGUAAGAAGCAGAAGAAAGACCCCAAUGCUCCAAGGCGGCCACAGUCUGGAUUUUUCCUGUUCUGUGGUGAACACAGGCCCAGUAUCAAAGCCCAGAACCCCAGCCUGGGCAUUGGUGAUGUAGCCAAGAGGCUGGGUGAGAUGUGGAGCAAUCUCUCCGAUUCAGAGAAGCAGCCCUUCCUGUCCAAGGCCAACAAACUCAAGGAUAAGUAUCAGAAGGACUUGGCAGACUAUAGAGGAAAGGGCAAAGGAAGUGGAGGAGCAUCAUCUGCCAAAUCCAAGCCCAAGGUUGAUGAAGACGACGAUGAUGAUGAUGAUGAUGAUGAUGAAGAGGAGGAUGAAGAAGAGGAUGAUGAUGAGGAUGACUAAAGAACUUUGUCUCCUAAUUGUGCAUUGAAAUUUGUUUUUGUUCGCUGCCAAUUAGUUUCCGUUGAGUCUUGUCUAGGCUGCUUUACACUGAUCACCAGUAGAAACGCCCGAUGCAAUGAAUGCAAGCUCUGACUUUAGACAACCAAACUCUCAUCGUGCUGGGUUUGCUGGUGGUCCUGUUAAAGCUUGCUAUUAAACUGUAUUGGCAAAAUAUCUCCUCACGGUUCAACAAUAAAUAUAAGUGCUAGCAGCACCUACUCUUUUAAAAAUAUUUAAGGUGGUGUCUUUCUGUAUGGCUGUUCACUUAAAAUUUGUUAUUUUUCAUACUCUCCCUGCUUUCAAAAUGCACAGUUUGAGAAUAGACUUCAGAUUUCUUUUCCCCGUUUGGCCCCAUAACCUUCCUGCAUUGAGGAUGUUUGUGUUGUGUUAUUUUAAUAUUAUUUGUGUCAUUUUUAAUAAUUACAUUGAUACAUUUUAUCUGUAUAAAUGUCUGGGGACAUUUCAGCUUUAACCAGAGGCAAGUGAUCAGUUUUUGCUGGGGAAAGCUCUUAUUUGCACCUUCAAUUGGUUACUUUGGUUCUAUGUAUAGGUGACACUGUGAUUUGAAAUAAACAUAACGUUUUUGAAUC